GAAAUGGAAGAAUUUGUUCAGAGCUCAAGGGAACAUGGUAUCAUCAUAUUCAGUCUUGGGUCAAUAAUCUUCAACAUAAGUGAUGAGAAAAGUAAUGUGAUUGCUAAAGCCCUCAGCCAGCUUCCACAAAAGGUCCUCUGGCGAUACAGAGGAAAGAAACCAGAUGCCCUGGGCUCCAACACCAGGAUUUAUGACUGGAUACCACAAAAUGACCUGMUUGGUGAGACUGAUUCUAUGUGGAAUGGAUUGUUCCUUUUGAAAAAACGAUUGCUUUGUUUUUCCACUAAAAUUCAGGCCACAGAACAAUGUAAAACUCAUGGAUACACUUCAUUUCACAUAUCCAAGAUACAGCAUGACCAGCCACUUAAGCCUCUGGACAGAGCUGUCUUCUGGAUUGAAUUUGUCAUGCGUCACAAAGGAGCAAAGCAUUUGAGACCAGCUGCUCACCAUCUCACCUGGUACCAGUACCACUCCCUGGAUGUUCUGGCAUUCUUGUUCACCUGUACAGCCACUGCUGUCUUCAYUCUUUUCAAGUGCUGCCUGUGUUGCUGUAGAAGAUGUGGCAGGAUUGCAAAGAAGAAGAAAGAAUAGACAUCUUGUUCCCAGUAGYAGUUUUCUUCUCCCAGGCUGACCCAGCAAGGCAUUUAUGCACAUUCUUUGGAGAAUAAGUUUAUUCGGACAUGCUUUAAGCUGGGCAUAUCAUGAACGCACCACAACAAAGCUGUUGUGGGGCAGAGCUGCUUGCUUAGCCAGCAGAUUCCUUCUGGCCUAAAUAAAAUUGAAUUACGGWUGCUUUAUCCCUUGGGACCAUGUUGGAUGAUCAUACAUGGUCCCUGCCAUGRAAAUUGCUGCUCUAAGAUUUCAAAUAGCUCAACUAUCUUGGUAUAUUUCAUUAAUUCAGCCUUGCCCUGUGUGGUACUCUGGGUCUGCAACUGGGCUYCUUAACUCUAUCCUCUCCUCUAGUGUCAUGCAGGCUUGAUCACCAAUUCACAAUCAAAAAUGCCUCCUCUCCUGACAGAAUAGCUCUGUCCAGACUGGAAAGUGAAGCCAAGAUCAUGGGAUUCUUAAAAUGCGCCCAUCUGAAGAGCCAUGAUCAUGAACACUGGGCGCUGCAAGUGCCAAAUGCACUGACUGCUUGGGGGAACAAGGGAGACUAUAAUCCUAAGAGCAUAAAAAAAAAUUACUUUUCUGAGAACUACUUCUCUUUUCCAUUCAGUCUGGAAU